CAACAAUAAUGCGGCACAGCAUGCUAAUCAAUAUGGGAUCAACGUUCUGCACGCGCAGCAAGAAGCUAACCUUAAUCUUCCACCUGCUUCUUCUGGUGCCGUUUUUUUGCCUGUUGGACAACAGCAAGUGUUACAGCAUGGAAAUGCGGGAGCAAAUGUUGCAGCAGGGCAACCUUUAGGAGGUCAGGGCGUUGUCGUGGCACCCGCACCUGUUCAGCCAUUCACUCCAAAUAGUAACAAUUUGGCUUCAUCUGCUGAUGGUCUGCGCAACCACUCCAGUGCCAAUCUGGUGAGCGGGAACCAGAUCAGUGAUCAAGUACAGUCGCAACAUCACCAACAAAGUGCUUGCGUCGACAAUUUUGCACCUACUGGUGUAGUUGGUCAAACGAAUGUGGUAGAUCAAGUCACAGGCAUCUCUGCUCAAGCUACUACUCCUGUUACUGGAGGUGGUGCUGCUGCAGCUGGACAAACACUGACGCAGGCCUCUUUUGACGUUGCGGCAGUGGUAGCGCAGCCGGGUCUUCCCACUCCUAGUUCUAACCAGCCUUCAGGAGGUCAGCUUCCUGUUUUAACCUCCGCUCCUGCAGUUGCAGUUGCCAGCACUACGGCAAGCCCAGCUGUGAUUGGCGCCGGAAUGAACUCAGGAGCUUCAGAUGCUGCAGCCACUUCUAUCACGAAUCAGAUGCAACGUGAAGUAGAUGCUGGUGACAGUAAUGUUGCUGACAAGAAAAAGAAGUCAAAAAAAUCGAAAAAACAUGAAGAAAAGGAAAACAAGGAAGAAGACAACUCCAAAAAAAGCAAGAAGGACAAGAAGAAGAAGCAGUGCGAUGAUGAAGACGGCUUUCUUGGUAGUGAUAACAAGAAGAAAAAGAAGUCGAAGAAGCAGGAAGUGGAGGAAUCGAACAGAACCACGGCUGUUGCUGAGAUUAAAACGAAGAUGAAGAACCAAAACACUACUCUUCACACGACACCCACAUCGUACAGUGUCCCUCCUGCUCCCGUUUUUGUGAAUGGCGUGAUGAUCAAACAGGAAUGCGUCGACACUGAUGACGAAGGCCCGCCUGCUGAGGCAAGUAUGGUAAUAAAUUAUAUUUAUUAUUGUGGUGCAACAAGUUCUACUAGUCAUAGUUCUGGGUUUUUGAUUUCUCUGUUGAAAUUGAUUGAGAUAUAGUAUCCUGGAUGCGACGCGACUCAUAUGCAGUGAAUAUUAAGACCCUCUCUUCCUCUACCUUUAAUGGAUUUUUCUCAGCAGGUUCUUCCUACCACUCCUGCUGUUGUUUCGAUGGAGAUUGAGAAUGUGGGCGAAGGCCAAGUGGUUAUUUUGGAUUCUGGUACUCCGGACAAGAUUGGUUGCCCUAGUGUCGAUGUAAUGGGCAAGGCUGCUGGCGACGUUUUACAGGCUGGGCCGAUUGGCGACGUUUAUGGUGGAUCUGGCGACCGUUCGAUGGUGGAUCUGGCUAUGACUCAUUCUACUACAACUCAUACCACUUCUACUUCGAAUCCACAAGGCGUUUCUACUGAGCACGAUACUACAAUGCAGCAGGUUUCUAGUACUCAACGUCAACACAUCCUUCAACUUCAAGAAAGUGCUGGACCUCUUCAGAAGCAGACGCUUACUACCUCUAACGUUUCGCUUCAGGGGCAGGAAUCUACAUCAGUUCAGGAUGCGAAGAAACAGCUCCUGCAAAACAUGGCUGCGUCUGCUUGUAGUUCUACUACUACUACUACUACCACAGCGAAGAUCAAGCCAGAUUCUUCAAAGCGCCCGCCUGUCGUGUCUUCCACCUCAGCCUCGGCUUCUAAGAGCCUCACGCUGUUGCCCCACGUUGUUGCCCCUCCUCAAGAUGAAUUUCCUACAAGUUCAAUUCCAACUCUAGCCACCCCUGCAGGAAACAAGGCAUCGACGACAGCAUCUGCAUUGGCUGCACCAACGGAAAAGGAAGAUGAAUCGAAUAAGAGGAUCAGGAGCUUAGGAAGUACUACAGAGAGCAUCGCUGCGAUCGCAAUCGCAGGCCACGACGACGAAAUACGUGUCCGCAAGAUCCGCAAAAUGCGCAAGCUGAUGGGUGCCACGAAUGUGUCUGAUGGUAUUUGCUUUAAUCUCACUCCAAAUCCUUUCUCUAUGCGUAUAGUAAUGCUGUUGGUCUCACUAUUAAGCUUCUUAUUAGCCUGGAACGCUCCGUCACGUCCUAUCACCAGUAAGAUGCAACGAACUCUCAGACUUACGGCGGGAAUUUCUCUCAUCUCUCUCCUCCAGAGCACUACUUGGAGCUUUACGCGGAGUUGAACGGCGACGACCCGCCCAGCGAGGAUUCUGAUGAUAUGGCGACCACAUAAAGAGGCCCUACUGGUUUGAAGAUCGCGGAGCGGGAAGGCGUUAUAAGCAGCAAGAGAAUACGAAACAUGAAAAGUCGUAGGUGUAGUAUGUAUUUUUUGGGAAGUUCAGCACAGUACUUUACUCAUGAGGAUAGACAUGCACUUGUGAAAUCGUAGCCAGCUUUUAACUAUUUACUAUAGAAAUAGAACUACGUGUGGUUUUCUAUCAUUUCCAUACUAAUCACUUAGUGUCCUUCUCUUAUUUCUGUUGCUGAAGCAGUGAGGUGCUUAGCUAUUACUGAUUCAGUACACAGGUCAAGCUAGCUCCUUCAUGAUCAUGGCAAACAAAUUUUUUGGAGCCCGAACCUAGAGCAGUAAUGCUCUGUAUGUGAAACAUAUCAUCAAGAGGGUGCUACCUAGUACGAGCUGGGUCUUCAUAAUAGAACACGACCAACAAUUUGCGAAGUACUUACUUUUUUGUAGAAGUAGCCAAGAUCUGAAAACCAUCUUGAUCAUAAUAGAAGAAAAAUUCUUUGUGGUACAAUUUUCCAAGCUGGGCAACAAUUUCAUCAAUUUACUUUAUAGAUAGUGCCUUCAUUAUAUUUAGAGUGUGCGAGGCAGUAACAAAAAGUCGACUCAUGAUUUUCCCCAUACGACAAGCUUACCGCUGUGUAUGACAUAUUUACUUUCCAACACAAAAAUGGACGGCGUAUCUUUCUCAUCACCUUACAGACGAGUAUUUACAUAAGGCCACACUUUCAAGCUUGCCUGCGUUGUUGCGAUACCGAUUCACAUACUAGACUCUUCCACGAUGAUGUCGCUAGUCAUUCAGUACCCAAAUCAUGAAAAACUCUCGGCAAUAAAAGGAGCAGAUGUAUCCAGUUUGACAUACAUAAACAAGAAACUAAAAUACCCUACGGGCCGCUGAUGAAUUCCAAGAAUGAAGCUCAACAUAUGGCGCAACUUAAUACGGAAUCAUAAGUAGUUCGCUGUAGUCCUACAGUCCCCAAGAAAUAUUUCUCGAAACAUCUGAGAGCCAGCUUUUUUGUAGUUCUAAACUGAACAUGAUUAUGAUACCCUCCCCCGCAUUGCUGCUCGUGAAGAUUGAAGGCCGAAAGUCAGAAACCAUAUUACAGGAUCAUCAUACUGCAAUCCUUCAAAAUCGACGACGAGGCCUCUCAGUUGUGCACAUCGUAACUUGAAGGAUAUGAGAAUGCCUUUUCCCAUUGAUUGCUACCGGCUUGCAUGAUUAAAG